GUGUGUUGGUCAGCUGACCAAGCUGCUUCCGGGUUGUCGUUGGUGUUUACUUUGUCAGCGGUUCGCCUCUCUGUUCCUGCGGCACACGUCGAUUAAAGCGUCUCUGUUCCGUCCCGUGUGGAGCCACCAUGAACGCCUCGGAGAGCGAGGAGGACUCCUACGAUGAGAGGACGGCGUUGGUCCCAUCUGAGAACCCGGCGCUACCCUCCUACAAACCGCAAGAGGACCUAAACCCCCCCGUUGACCUCUCCACCAAAAGGGUAAAGUCUGGGGUCAGCAGGAGGGCGGGGGCGGCCCCCGUGGACGGCGGCUCGGAUCAGGAGGUGGACGUGGACGAGGAGGAGCUGACUCUGAAGUACGGAGCCAAGCACGUCAUCAUGCUCUUCAUCCCCGUCACCGUGUGCAUGCUGGUGGUGGUCGCCACCAUCAAGUCGGUCAGCUUCUACGCGGAGAAGACCAACCAGACGCUGAUCUACACGCCAUUCACAGAGAACACAUCGUCUGUCGGCCGCCGGCUCCUCAACUCCGUCCUGAACACCAUCGUCAUGAUCAGCGUCAUCGUAGUCAUGACCAUCUUCCUGGUGGUGCUCUACAAGUAUCGCUGCUACAAGUUCAUCCAUGGUUGGCUCAUCCUGUCGUCCCUCAUGCUGCUCUUCUGGCUCAGCUCCAUGUACCUGAGCGAGGUGUUCAAGACGUACAACCUGGCUGUGGACUACCCGACGGUUGUGGUGAUCAUCUGGAACUUUGGUGCGGUGGGGAUGAUCUGCAUCCACUGGAAGGGGCCCCUGCAGCUGCAGCAGGCCUACCUCAUCCUCAUCAGCGCCCUCAUGGCCCUCGUCUUCAUCAAGUUCCUGCCCGAGUGGUCGGCCUGGCUCAUCCUGGGGGCCAUCUCCGUCUACGACCUGGUGGCCGUCCUGUCCCCCAAAGGUCCUCUCCGGAUGCUGGUGGAGACGGCUCAGGAGCGCAACGAGCCCAUCUUCCCCGCCCUCAUCUACUCCUCCGCCAUGAUGUGGACGGUCGGGAUGGCGAGUCCGCCGGACGCGCAGCGCUCAGGACGGGAAACGGACGAGGAGGCGGAGCAGAGCAGCAGGGGGGCGGAGCCUGAGGACCCGCAGUCCCAACUGUUCCCAGAAGACGACUUGGAGGAGGACCGAGGAGUGAAACUGGGCCUCGGGGACUUCAUCUUUUACAGCGUUCUGGUUGGUAAAGCUGCAGCGAUGGGCGGAGACUGGAACACGACGCUGGCCUGCUUUGUCGCUAUUCUUAUCGGUCUGUGCCUCACUCUGCUGCUGUUGGCCAUCUUUAAGAAGGCUCUGCCCGCUCUGCCCAUCUCCAUCACCUUCGGCCUGGUCUUCUACUUCUCCACUGACUUCCUGGUUCAGCCCUUCAUGGACAACCUGGUUGCUCACCAGUUUUACAUCUGAGAGAAAGCCCCGCCCACCUCACCUGUCGACACGCCUCCCGUCUUUCAUCAGAGGCGACUUCCUGGACUCGAUGAGUCCUCUGAAGGACAGGAAAUGAUGUCGUGCUUUGUGGUGGCAGCUCACCUGCUCAGGUGUGUUGGGUUAGGCUCCCACUCCCGUCAGUGAAUUUACAAACUGUAAAGACCCUCUUUGUCCUGAUUGGCUCUCACAGCCCUGUGUAUGUCACCUGACCUGACACAUGAUGUUGUCAUUUGUUGGUCUGGGAAAUGAUUUGAUCCAUAACUGAUGUAUUCUUGUACAAACAAUCCACAUGAUCAAUAAGAUGAAACUUUCUCAUACAGCAAGAUUUUAUAUCUCGUAGUUCAAAUUUCUAUGAAGCUAUUUAUUCAUUUAUUCUAAUGUUGUAAUGCUGAUUUCUAAGCCCCGCCCCUCACACCCAGAUGUUCUCCUGCUCUUCUAAUCCAGGAUCAGACUAAAUUGAUAAGUGAGAUCAAAUGCUCCAUGGUCCACAUGUGCUUACAUGACCUUUGAAGGGGGUCCAACCUACGACCCCUCAAUAGAAAUUAAGACCCACACAGAUGCGGUUUCAUUAUUAAGAACCAUGGGUGGAUAUUUCUAGAAGGUUCCUCAUGUCUGCAGACGACGUGCUGUUAUGAAUAUCUUUAUUUUAUUGCUGUUUAGUUUGACCCAAAAAAAGAAGAAUAAAGAGCAGCUCGUCUCUCA